AUGAAUACUGCAAAAUUAUUUUGUUUGUUCUUUCUACUUAUGCUUAUAAAUGUAAUUAAAGACACAAAAUGUUCUGAUGAAAAGGAAAAAUUUUCUCAAAAUAUAAGUUUUUUACAAUCAAAAAUAAAAAAUGGUGAAAAAAAUAUGCCUGGUAUUUUUGACUUAUUUUCGGUGAAACCAAAUUCAGCACAACCAAAUUUCAAUUUUUUCUUAGAAGAAAAUAGAAAUUUUUGGUUGCGUCGUACUUUAAAUGAUGAAAAAAAUAGAAAUAUAAGAAGAAAUUUUGCUGAUUUUCAAGAAUUAAGACAAAAUGAUUUACUAAGAUUUGAAGAGUUAAUGAUUAUACAAAAUGAACAAAUAAAUAUAAUAAAAAAUAUAAUUUAUUCUAUUUAG